UCCUGCUCAGUGCCGUCCGUCAUCACCUGUCAGGUAGGAAAGGUGUUGCGCCCAGCGCUAAGACAGCAAACACGCUGAGGUUUUCCCUCAGACGGAGCUUGACAGGCUGCGCCACUACUGAGGCUACGAGAAAUACUGAUGAAUCUGUACAGGAGUUUUGGGUGUUUGCUGGAAACCUGGGUGACUGAAGGUUACCCGGUUCAACGAUCAGGCUCAGCAGAGGGUUUGGGAAAACAUUCGGACCCAAACGGCAGCGACUCAGCAUUUGCAGACUCCCUCAGACUUACAGGACCUCCUAUCCGGUCUGAAUCUGAAGACUCUGGAGUAGAGUUGCCAUCUGUGAUCAGCCCUGCGAGCUCACAGCGCCGUGUUUUGACCUCACAAACUUCACAGCCAGUAGAUGAUGACUUACGGCCAUCAUCAUCCUCGCCAGCUCUUUCUCACUGCUCCUCAUCCUCGUCAUGUUUCUCAUCAGUGCAUAAAGGAAGCUUAAAAUCGUCCGAAACAGCCGGGCUCAAAGUGGAGGAGGCAUUGCGGAGAACCGAGCCAGCUUGGAGGAGAAGUGUGGAUAGCAGCCUUAGACAUCGUUCGAACACAACUUCAAUAUCCAGUGGUUCUAUUACACCAUCUAUACGCUCCAGAGUGGGAAGCGUGGGGCCAGGAAGGCCUUACAAACAGCCGUCUGAUGAGCAGAGAUCAGCAGAAACUCACAGAUCAACACACACACCGCAGCAACCUGAAGUCGGUAACAAAGAACCAGAAAAGCAAGCAGCAGGUGUCACUGGGCCUGAAUGGGAUCAUCUGCCUCCUGGGUUUCUCUACCUGGAGCAGAUGUGCCGGAUGCUGGAGGAGAUCGCCCGGCUAAAAAGGGAGAACCAGAACCUGCAGCUGAGGAUGAAGAACAGCCAAGAUGGCACGAGAGAAACGGAAACAAAGGCUGAUAUCGACUCCACAGAUGGUGAGAAGCUUGACUUCCGGGAUGCAGAUGGUCGACCAGGACUUUCUUCGGAGGCUUUCCGUCGAAGGAGUGUGUCUGAUACGUGGACUUUUCUCACAUCGCGAAGUAAAUCUAAAGCCCCUCGAGGUGAGCGCUUCCCCUCUACAGAAGUUUUACUGGAAGAACCUGAAAACCUCCAGCCUGGAAAUGCACAGCUGGUUGAAAAGGAGCAGCGGAAGGCGAGUAACAGCCUGAAACAGAAGAUUAGUUCAGUCAGAUGGAAUGAAAAGUCAAAUGCAGCCAAGAGCAGCAGCCAAGUAAACGAGAAAAAAAGGACAUUCAGGCAGCUGUUCAGGAGCAGAAGAAAGACCACGCGGUUCUGACCCCCUCCUCAGACGACCAAGACGCAGAAGAAGUAGCGAAUCCACACCGGACGCAAUGUGAACGUUCUUUACACCUUAUGUAACAUGAGUUUUGUAUAAGAAUUUUAUAUAAUUUUGACCACAACGGAUACAAUCUUGGUUUACACAACGCCUAAUGUUUUUCACAUUUAACUGGCUAAAUUUCAAAUCCUAGCGAUUUUAAUUUGAAGUACAGGUAUCUGUUAAAAAUCACAACUUAAAUAAUGGUUGAAUGAGAAACCACCAUGAUGGAUCAAUACUACAUGUUGAUUUAUGACAUUUCCAGCUAAUGCUAUGAUGCUAUUGUAUGUAUACAGCUAAUUGCUAACUUUAUUGUCAUUUCAUUUAAGAUGAGAACUCCAGGCCUAGACCUUAGUGAUGUUUACGGGCGUUAAAGAUGCGGUGCGAACACGAAAGGUGUUUCAGCAUGGCAUUUUAGAUUGUUAUCAUGCGUUUGAGGAAGGUUUAGAACCUGGGUUGGGUCAGGUGUGACGUGGUUUUCGUUUUACACACACCUGUUUAUUCCAGAUCUACAUUCAUAUUAACCUCGAUCAUUAAGCCUUGAGUAAGCUUGGCGGUAUUUGAAUGGAUAUUAAUAAUGCAUAUUAGAUGCAUUAAAAUAAACAAAGCACUUAUAAUGCUCUGGGAUUCACCUUUUAACUUAAAAAAAAAAAAGAUAAAACUCUCAGGUCAAAGAAGCACUUGGAAAUUUCUCAGGAUACCAAACUUUUUAUAUUGUACAUUAUAAAGAGUGUAUAAUAUUAGAUAUUGUGUUAAUUUUUGUAUUGUGGUAUUUUUUUAAAAAUAUUGCUUGCUGCUAAAUUCUGUGCUGAUUUCCGUCUCUUUAGUUUGUCUCUUUAGUUUUCUCAGUUGUAUGUUACU